CUUCCAGUCCUUUUGCUGGUAGCCAUCAAACCUUGGCUGUAUUUUCAAGAAGAAGGAAUACGAAUCCAUAGCCAUCAACAAACAUGAUCAUCUAUAAAGAUCGCAUUUCUGGUGACGAGUUAUUCUCGGAUAGUUUUCCUAUGAAACUUAUUGAUGACUUGUAUUAUGAAGUUGAAGGAAAGACAGUUGCAGAAUCAUCUGGUGGCAUUGAUGACUCAUUGAUUGGUGGAAACAAAUCUGCAGAGGAACCCAGUGCUGAAGAAUAUAAUGCUGAGACAACAUAUGGUUGUAACAUAGUUUUUAAUCAUCGAUUAUCAGCAGCUCCAGUUAUUUCAAAAAAAGAUUAUUCUGCUGUAAUCAAACCAUAUGUGAAAAAAAUUUACGAUAGUUUGAUUGCGGAGGGGAAGACCGAGGAUGCAGCUGUAUUCAAAUCUGGCAUGGGUGAAGUUGUAAAGAAAAUAAAAGGAAUGUGGGAUGAUCUUGUACCAUAUACAGGUGAAAGUUUAAACCAAGAUGCUAUGAUGUGUUUCAUGAAUUAUCGAGAAAAUGGUGACCCAUACAUGAUCUUUUUCAAGCAUGGACUUGUUGAAGAGAAGUGUUGAACUGAAUGAAUGGCAAAUAGAAAUACAAACAGAUAAGAUAAUUUUAUUUUUUUGGUUUUAAUUAAUUGUACGCCAUUAAAAGCAACAAAUAAUAAAAUUGUAUAGUCUA